AUGUAUGCUGUGACUGGUAGUGAUGAGGAUGACUGUUACCGGUGUUUCCCCGCCCGACCCGGCAUUGGUACUGCCGCGUCAUGUACUAGUGAGGCUGCUGCUCUAGGUGCCAGUGCGUCUGUGCUCUCAGGUGCUGGUGAGUCUGCCCUCUCAGGUACUUCGGCCGGUUGCGGUGUCCUGGCUGACCCCUCUGGGGGGCCUGUCCUGUCUCGCUUCUCCACUGUCCUCCCGUGUCCGGCGGCCCCCUCUGGCACCCUGACUGGUCUCUACCUCCCCUCGUUCUCGACGAACUUGGUGAGUGGUGCUGACCUCCAGGAUGCGGGUGUCCACCAGUUCACCCCUGCUCGUCAGCGGGUGACCCACUGCACGGAGGCGGAUACAGGUCGCCACCUGGCUACGUGUUUGCUGCAGCGUCCAGGUCUGGUCCUGAGUCUGCCCCUUGCUCGUGUCGUCGUCUGUCUCACGAGACCCUCCUCUGGCACCACCGCCUGGCCAACCCCUCUCUGCUUCGGCUCAGAGGCAUGGCCUCGCGAGUCCUUGUGUCUGGUCUUCCCCCGGUCUCUCCCUCCCCUUCCUCCGGGCCUGGCCCUACCUGUGUCCCCUGUGUCGAGGGGCGCCAGCGUGCUGCCCCUCACUCCUCCCAGUUUCCUCCGACAGAGGCCCCGUUGCAGACGCUUCACAUGGACGUGUGGGGCCCAGCCCGCGUCCGUGGACAGGGUCAGGAGCGCUACUUCCUUGCUGGUGGUUGACGACUACUCGCGUUACACCACAGUCUUCCCCUUGCGCAGCAAGGGUGAGGUCACUGCGGUGUUGAUCGACUGGAUCCGCGAAGCUCGUCUCCAGCUUCGGAGGAGCUUUGGCUCUGACUUCCCUGUUUUGCGUCUGCACUCGGACAGAGGCGGAGAGUUCUCCUCUGGCCUCCUGAGUGCCUACUGUCGUGCACGAGGCAUCCGUCAGACCUUCACGCUUCCGGACUCACCACAGCAGAAUGGGAUUGCUGAGCGCCGCAUUGGCAUGGUCAUGGACGUCGCUCGUACGUCCAUGAUGCAUGCGGCUGCUCCCCAUUUUCUGUGGCCGUUUGCGGUCAGGUACGCUGCGCACCAGAUCAACCAUCCACCCCAGGGUCUCUCGACCGGAGACCUCCCCAGCCCUGCUGUGGACGGGGAAGGUUGGCGAUGCUGUCGCGUUCCGGGUCUGGGGAUCUCGGGCUUUUACCACCCCACCUCUCGACGUGUUCUGUCCUCCCAGGACGUCACGUUCGACGAGUCGGUACCCUACUACCGCCUCUUCCCUACCGCACUCCGUCCCUCCCCCCACCCCCGCUCUUCCUGGUACCAGACGCGGUCCGAGCCUUUCGAGGUCACUGGUGACUCUGGUGCUGCUGCGGGAGCUGAGCCUGGGGGUACGGCAUCUGGGGGUGCUGAGCCUGGGGGUGCUGAGCCUGGGGUGCUGAGCCUGGGGGUGCUGAGCCUGGGGGUGCUGAGCCUGGGGGUGCUGAGCCUGGGGGUGCUGAGCCUUGGGGUGCUGUGCCUAGGGGUGCUGAGCCUGGGGGUGCUGCGUCUGGGGGUGCUGAGCCUGGAGGUGCCGAGCCUGGGGGUGCUGUGCCUGGGGGUGCUGAGCCUGGGGGUGCUGUGCCUGGGGGUGCUUCGUCUCGCCGGGAGCCACUCUCCCCGCAGGAGCUGCGUGAGUGGUUUGCCAGGCGCUGGAGGUAGUGCUGCUGGUGCUGGUGGUUCUUCGGCUGCAGAGGGUACUGCUGCCUCGCGUCCCGCCGGUGCUCGUACUGUGGGUGCUGGAGCUGCUGGGUCUGAGAGUUCUCCUGGAGCUGGUGCUACUGAGGGUGUUGGCGCUGAGCCUGCCGUUGGCGGUCCGACUGACAGUGCUCCUGGUGCUGCUGCUGGAGGUUCUGGCAGCUUCUGGUGGUGCUGCUGGAGGUGCUGCUGGAGUGGGUUACUCCUGCCGGGGCUGCUGCCACAGCUACAGCCUGCCUCCCCUUUGCCUGCUCCGUCUCCCGACCCUGGUCCGACUGGAGGUCUUACUGAGCGUCGUGAGCCUGCGUCUCGUCCUGGUCGCCUUCGGACUCGUCUUCGUGCUGCCAGUCCUACUGUCACGCGUCUCCUUGCUACAGCUGUCACUGACCCUUCCUUCGAGUCGUCUGCUGCGUCUGCCCUUGUCACUGAGCUUGUCGACUUUGCUGCGCGCUGUCGUCUAGACUACGCUGCCCGUCUUGUCACUGAGUCUGAGUCCGCCUGUCCUCCGUCCGUCGGGGACAUCCCGACUCCGCGCUCUUACGCGGAGGCGAUAGAGGGUCCCUACUCCUCUCAGUGGCAGGCAGCUAUGGAUGCAGAGAUGGCUUCCUGGAAGUCCACAGGCACCUACGUUGACGCUCUUCCCCCCCCUGGGGCGAACAUCGUCAGUGGCAUGUGGAUUUUCAGACCUUCUCCCCCCACCCCGAAGAUGACCACUCUUCGGGUCCUGCUGCACGUUGCUGCUCACCGUGACUACGAGCUGCACUCUCUCGACUUCAGCACAGCUUUCUUGCAGGGCAGCCUGCACGAGGAGAUCUGGCUGCGUCGCCCACCUGGCUUCACUGGGUCUUUCCCUCCUGGUACCCAGUGGAGUCUCCGGCGUCCAGUCUACGGUCUCCGCCAGGCGCCACGUGAGUGGCACGACACACUGAGGACUACGCUCGCGGCACUUGGGUUUGCUCCUUCUACUGCCGACCCGUCGCUGUUUCUGCGCACCGACACCUCUCUGCCGCCGUUCUACAUCCUCGUGUACGUCGACGACUUGGUCUUUGCCACAGCUGACACUGCUGGACUCGCCUACGUGAAAGCACGCCGCACCAUUACCCUGACUCAGUCACACAUGGUGCAGCAGGUCCUUCAGCGCUUCGGCUUCACGUACUCCUCGCCUCAGGCCACUCCUCUGCCUACUCGCCACUCGCUCUCAGCUCUGCCUUCGGAUGAGUCCGUAGAGUCGAGUGGCCCGUAUGCAGAGCUUGUUGGCUGCCUCAUGUACCUGAUGACCUGCACACGACCUGACCUUGCAUACCCUCUUAGCAUUCUCGCACGCUAUGUUGCUCCUGGGAGACACCGACCAGAGCACAUGGCUGCAGCGAAGAGGGUGUUGCGCUACUUGUGCAGUACGUCGGGCAUGGGGCUAGUGCUUGGAGGGCGCAGUCCAGUGGUCCUCACUGGGCACGCGGACGCUUCUUGGGCUGACGACCAGGCUACGCAGCGGUCGUCACAGGGUUACACCUUCAGCCUUGGUUCCGGCUCUGUUUCGUGGCGGGCUACCCGCUCGUCUUCUGUUCUCGGCUCCAGUUGUGAGGCUGAGAUCUACGCCGGGGCUAUGGCUGCAGAGGAGUUACGCUGGCUCACCUACCUGUUGACCGACCUUGGAGAGCAGCCUCGUUCUCCUCCAGUCCUGUACGUAGACAACAAGGCCAUGCUGGCCUUGUGUCGAGAGCAGAGACUGGAGCACAGAACGAAGCACAUUGCUCUCCGCUACUUUCUUGCUCGUGAGCUACAGCAGCGUGGACAGUUGCGACUUGCGUACGUGGCCUCUGAGGCCAACACUGCUGAUGUCUUCACCAAGGCACUUGCGCCUUGUGAUCAUCAGCGUUGUUGCACGCAGUUGGGUCUUGUGCCUGUCUUGCCUCACUUGCUCUCCUCUUGA